UUCAAAAUGGCUGCGCCCGAAGAACACACGUUUCCACGUGAAGACGAAGUUGAGGAGAUGGAGUCAGGUGGCAGUGAUGAAGAUGAUAUGGAGGAAGAAAGCCGAGAUGGAGAUGGAGAUGGAGAUGGAGAUGGGGACAGUAAAGUUUACGUACCUGGUCUUCAGCCUCUUCAGCCAGGAGAGGAGCUGGAAAUGGAUCAGUCUGCAUACCGCCUGUAUCAUCAGUGCCAAACAGGUGCUCCUUGUCUGAGUUUUGAUGUGUUGCGUGAUGCUGAGGGAGAGGGCAGAGAGACAUUUCCCCUGUCCAUGCUCCUGUGUUCGGGUACCCAAGCAGAUACAGCUCUCAGCAAUAGACUCAUUGUCAUGCGUAUGCACAACCUCUAUGGCACUAAGAAAAAGAACAAGGAGGAAGAGGAGGAGGAAGAGGAGGAGGAGAGCAGUGAUGGAGAGAGUGACGAGGAUGGUGAGGAUGAAGAGAAGAAGCCACAGCUAGAGUUGGCCAUGAUGCCCCACUAUGGUGGAAUAAACAGAGUCAGAGUGACCCAGCGGGGCGAGCAGGCAUUGGCUGCAGUCUGGUCAGAGAAAGGUCAGGUGGAGAUUUUUGACCUUCGGCGCCAGUUGGAUGCAGUUCACAGUUCUGCUGUCAUGGCAGCGUUUGUAAAGCAGCGCAAAGAGGCCACGCCCCUGUUUAGUUUUGCAGGUCACAUGUCAGAAGGCUUUGCCAUUGACUGGUCUUCAAAAGUACCAGGGCGUCUUGUAAGUGGAGACUGCAAGAAGAACAUUCACGUCUGGGAGCCACGAGAGGGUGGAACUUCUUGGCAGGUUGACCAGCGGCCUUUUAGCUCUCACAGCAAGUCUGUGGAGGACCUCCAGUGGUCACCUACUGAAGCAACAGUUUUUGCCUCUUGUUCAGUGGAUCAGUCUGUUCGCAUUUGGGAUAUCAGGGCUCCUCCAAACUCUAUGCUUUCAGCCAAUGAGGCUCACUCAACAGAUGUCAAUGUCAUCAGCUGGAAUCGGACCGAACCAUUUUUGCUGUCUGGAGGGGAUGAUGGCCUUCUGAAGGUGUGGGAUUUGAGGCAGUUCCAGUCUGGACGUGCCGUGGCCAGUUUCAAACAGCACAGUGCACCUGUGACGUCAGUAGAGUGGAACCCAGUCGACUCCAGCGUGUUCGCUGCCUCAGGAGCAGAUGACGUCAUUAGCCAGUGGGAUUUGUCAGUGGAGUCAUGUGAUGUGGGUGAGAGGGCUGGCAGCUUAAAGGACCUCCCACCACAGCUGCUCUUCCUGCACCAGGGCCAAUCAGAAGUUAAGGAACUCCAUUGGCACCCACAGAUCCCUGGAACCCUUAUCUCCACAGCUCUGUCAGGAUUCAAUGUAUUCAGAACUAUCUCUGUGUAAAAGAAUUUUUACUUUUUACAAUGGUAGAAAUACACUUGAUAUUGCACUUUAUGCAUCAUUAUCAUGACAGCCAUUGACUCAUCAGGGUUCUUGUUCCACUAAUCAUUAUGCUUGUGACUGGGUGUUACUCUUUAGCACUCAUUAAUGGCAACACAUGGGUGAUUGCUAACUGAAAUCUGUGCUGUGGCAUGUGUUGAAUAUCCGUACAUAAUCUGGCACAGAGAUUAUCAAAGUUUGGUAGCUGCUUGAGGCCUUAAUUUGAGGUUAACUCCACCAAGAGUGUGCAUAAGCAUAUAUCAGCCAAUGGGGAAAAAAGUGCUAAACUAAUUUUCAUUUCUGAAUAGUUUUUACUUUACAGUAUAUGUGGUCAUAUUUCUUGUUAAUAUUUCCAAAACCUAAUAUUGAGUAUUCAUUUCAAUCUCUUUGAAUGCUUAGGUUUUAACUGUCUUGCAUCACAUCUGUUUUGACACCAAAUAUGUGAAUAACUAGUAAUAACUGAAGUAAAAUAUGUAUUGCUUUUGUCAA